AUGAGCCCGCUAAAAAUUCUAAUUGCGUCCUGGAACGUUGGUAAUACGAUGCCGCCCAAAGAUUCCAAACUUUUGACCGAGUGGAUUCCUGAAGGUGGUGGUGACUUCGAUGUCAUCGCUGUGGGGUUGCAGGAAAGUACCUACAAGACUGAAAAGGUUUCCGAAAACCUAGUGAGAGCGGAUAGAUGGCACACGUCGAAUGUCAAGGCGGAAAAACAAGAGGAAGAAGGAAUUGAGACGGAGCCCCCUACACUGAAUAGCUCAACGGACGUGAUUGUGAAGCGCUCACGUACCAAGAAGUCCAUGCGCAAGAUGACCAGGAUGGUGCGCCAGCUAAGCAGCAAUCUGCGUGACACAGUUGGUGAUACUCACGACUAUCCAUUCAGCAAACAGAUUUAUCUGCAUCUUGGUGAAAGCUAUGGUUUAGCAGGAAAAGUAGAAUUGAUGGAGAUGCGUUUGUUCGUCUACGUUCACGAACGCAACAUCGUUUGUGAUGUGGAAAAACUAGCAGUUCCCACGGGCUUAGGAAGCGUCAUCGGAAACAAGGGUGGUCUACUAUUUAAGUGUGUCGUCGAAAACACCUCUCUUUGUUUUGCAAGCUGUCAUCUGGCGGCGCACCAAGAUCAAAAGUUCCUUGACAAGCGCAACAGCGAUUGCGCUACCAUCCUCGGUGCUCAAUUCGGGCAAAAAAACGUAUCCAUCGACCACCAAUUCGACCAUUGUUUCUGGUUUGGUGAUCUAAACUAUCGCCUGGAUUUGAGCUACUCGGCUCCUCGCCAGCGCAACCACGAAAAGCACUGCGCUGAGGUCAUGACACUUGUACGAGCUAAGAAAUGGGCUGCGUUAAACCAGAAUGAUCAACUGAAGCACCAGGUUGAAGGCAAGAAGGCACUGACCGGAUGGGAGCUCCCACCGGCGCUUUUCCCGCCAACGUUCAAGAGGGUUCGGCACACUCUUGACGAAUACUUGCUGGAGCGUGUACCCUCUUACUGCGACCGUGUAUUGUAUAAAUCACUGCCGGGAUUGCGUGGCAGCCUAAAGCUACAGCGUUUCUCCUGUUUUGAAGCGAUUGCUACUAGCGAUCACAAACCCAUUGCGGCUGCAUUUCAGGUCAACCAAACACCACAGAUCAAUUCCGGCUCAGCUGAGAAUUCUACUCUCGUCGAAAUCUCAGAACUUAUCGGCAAAGACCUCCUGGGUCUCGACAUAGCUGGUCUCAGUGACCCAUACGUGAAGUUUUACUCGACGCCAAGUAAUGCAGUGCAAGUAGACACGAGUGGAAGCCAUCCGAGUACUGUCACGAUCUCGAACACUUGCUCUCCGAUGUGGAAAGAUGACCAGGUCCCCAAGCUACACAUAUUGUGCGAUAACGAGCGCGACGUGAAGCAUGUUCAUUUGACCCUGGUCAUCAUGGACUAUGACGCCACCUCAAAAGACGACUUGAUGGGUGCUGCAUCGGUGCCCUUGGACAAAUUCUGCCAAAGUCGGCCGCGCUUCAUUUCUUUUGAGGUUCCCGUUGUCCUUAACGGAAAAGCUGCAGGUACCCUCACGGGAAAGAUUCGCGUCACACUUCCUGGCCAAGCUACAGCACCUGCAGAAGAAACAGGACCACAACUUAUUCGAGUGGCCGGCUGCCACUGCAUCCUGUCCUAA